AUGUGCCCGGCUUUCCGAGAGGCAUUUUUGGAAUUGCAUUUCGUGAAAACCAAUGAAAUCCUCCCACAUCAUAAGCGGAAUUACAACAUGGCGGCCUCCAUAAACAUGUGGUGGCUUUAUCUUUGGACUCUUAUAACAUUGGUUUUUGCCAAGCAGAAACCAGUAACAGUUUCACUGGAUGCCAAGUGGUCAUCAACUCCUCUGUUGCUUGAGGCCAGUGAAUAUAUUGCUGGAGAAAGCAAUGAGAAAUUCUGGGAGUUUGUGGAUAGUAUUUCUGCAUUAACACCAGAACAGGUGCAGUCAGAUACUGCAGAAUCAAACUACCACUUAAUUCAAAAAUAUGCUGGCAAAGUGUUAUCUCCCUUACACAUCAGAUUGAUGAAGUUUUCUUUGUCGUUACGAAGUUUCUCUCCAGCUAUAGAAAACUUUCAACAGAUGUCUAAGGAGGAGCCGGCUCCAGAGGACUGUGAUAUGUUUGUUAGCAUCAACGGAGAGAAGAUAUGUGAUGUCAGCAACAUUGAUGAUGUCAUCAAAACAGCUGCAAACAAACCCAAAUCCUCCAUAUACAAGUUUGAUCACGUAUACCCUGGGACAGGAAAUAAGAAUGUGGUGGCUGUUCUGUAUGGUGAACUUGGGAUGCCAGGGUUUACAGAGAUUCAUCAAAAACUCAAAUCUCUGUCCAAGAAAAAUGAAGUUUCCUAUGUAUUAAGACAUUUUGUGAAGAACCCUUCUGAGGAGAAGACACGUCUGUCUGGUUAUGGUGUAGAGUUAGCAAUUAAAAGCACAGAGUACAAAGCAAAGGACGACACCAAAAUAGAAGGGGAGGGAACAAGCACAGAGGAAGAGGACCAGCUAGAUGAUGUAGUUCAGGGAUUUGACUUUGCCAAACUCAAAGAGCUGUACCCCGAGCAGAAAGCUGAUUUGAAGAAGCUGAGAAAUCAUUUGGUUGCCUCGUCAUCAGAAUUAGCAGCCCUCAAAGUGUGGGAGCUCCAAGAUCUGAGUUACCAGACUGCCCAGAAAGUCCUGAGUGCAGACAGAGACGACCAGAUUAAAGUGUUACAGGACCUCAGCCAGAACUUCCCCUCCAAAACUAGGUCUUUGUCAAAAGUUGCUGUGAAGAGUGAGGUCAAAAAUGAAAUAUCUCAGAACCGAAAGAAUUUUGAUGAUCUGAAUAUUGGUACUGGAGAGUCGGCCAUGUUUUUGAAUGGCAUUCCUGUUGAGAUGGAGGUCUAUGAUAUAUACACACUCCUGGAUCUAAUGAAAUCAGAGGCCAGAAUUAUGGAGGGGCUCUUCUCAAUGGGAUUCAAGGGUGAUGAAUUAGAAAAGUUCAUGCGUUUGGACCUAGGAGGAGAUUCAAAGGAGUUUGCUUUGGAUAUUAGACACACAGCUAUACAGUUUUUGAAUGACCUUGAAAAUGACAAGAAGUACAAAAACUGGCCGAGCAGUGUCCAGGAUAUUCUGAGGCCGACCUUCCCGGGAAUGCUGCGACACGUAGCCAAAAACUUCUUCCACCUGGUAUUUUUUGUGGAUCCUACAAGACAAACUGACAUAGAACUUAUCAAAAUGGCUGAGGCUUUCCUGGUACACAGUGCUCCAAUCAGACUGAGCGUUGUGUUUGUUGUGAACUUUGACCUGGAAGCAGAUCCUCAUGAAGAUGCUAGCAUUGCGAUCUCUAGAGCGUUUGACUACAUAAGACAGGAACAUGAUUUCCCCAAAGCUCUUUCAUUUGUCACAGAUAUUUACGAAAAGGCCAAGGGAGAAGAAAUUACAGCCAAGCUGGUUAUAAAAGAAUUCAAAAAGAAGUAUGCUGAUGCAGAUAUGAAGGAAGUGUUUGACAAAGAUAGUGAUGAAUACGACAUUCUCAGAAGAGCAGCAAAAGAUUAUGUGGAGAAGUCUGGACUAGGGAAUUUCCCACAGGUCCUGCUGAAUGGGAAUCCAUUAAAGAAGUCCUUCCUGACAGAAGAUACUUUUGAGGAGGGUGUGGUCUCUCAGAUAAUGACACAGACCCCGGACAUCCAGAAAGCUGUCUACCAAGGAAAUCUCCAUGACUAUAUGAACAUACUUGAGUACCUGAUGGAAAAAGAACAUGUUCUACCAAGGUUGAACUCGAGGGUUCUCUCCCCUCCCAAAAAAUCCCUGGAUUUCACCACUACAGUUGAUGAUACACUAAGUCUGGACAGUCUCUAUCAAAAGAGCUCAGGAGAGAUCACGGCCGUCAUGGCUCGAGAUAUGAAAUAUCUCACCAGGAAAGAUGAGGAGAGUUUAUUUCCUGUCACUGUGUGGGUGGUGUGUGAUCUGGAAACUCCCAAAGGGAGGGAACUGCUGUACUCUGCCAUCAAGCAACUGAAACAUUCCUAUGACAUGAGACUGGGCCUGGUCUUUAACCAUGACUCUGUCCUGAGUAGUGACCUGUCCAUCAGUAAGGCCGUGUACACCGCUCUCCAGACCCUGGGGAACAACCACGCCAAAAGUCUCAUCACCAAACUUAUCAAGGAGGAAAAUGUCGCUGACCUCAAGUCUGGAGUCAAGAAAAUACAGGAUCUGGAAGUCCAUGGAAUGGAUAUGGAUGCCUAUAUGAAGGCUCUAGAAAAACAAACCACAGACUUCCUGAACCAUCAUGGCAUCUUUGUCAGAACAGUUCUUGGCUGGGGGGAAAGUGAUAGAGGACUUAUCGCAAAUGGAAAGGUGUGUGGACCUUUAGAUGAAGCUGAGAGUUUCACCUCAGAGGAUGUGGACUUGCUGACUAAAGUGGAAAAUCAGAAUGUGGCCAGGAGCAUCAAGACUCAGAUGAUGCUGAUGAAAAUUGAUGGCAACAGAGGAAGUGAACUUAUCAUGAAAAUUUCCUCACUGCUGUCAUCUAAAACCUCCAACACAGAGAGAAAGGACUUAUCUGGCCUGAGGGAUCAGCAUAGUGCAGUAAAGCUACCUGCCAAUCCAGACUCACCAGCUUAUCAAAUCGAGGCUGUCCUUGACCCCGUCUCACAGGAAGCUCAAAAGAUUACACCUAUGAUCAAGGUGCUGAGAGAAGUGGCCAAUGUUGAUGUGAAAAUUUACAUGAACUGUAGAGAUAAGAUUUCCGAGAUGCCUGUAAAAACUUACUAUCGUUAUGUACUGGAACCGGACUUGGUCUUUAAGCCUGACGGAAGUUUGACCUCCGGUCCAGUGGCCAAAUUCACAGAUCUCCCCCAGAAGUCAAUUCUGACCAUGGGGGUCAAUCCCCCGGAGAGCUGGCUGGUGGAGUCUGUGAGAGCCGCCCACGAUCUGGACAACUUGCUACUAGAGGAGGUUGAGAGUGGGGUUACUGCAGAAUUUGCUCUCGAAUAUAUCUUGAUAGAAGGUCACUGUUCGGACACCACCUCUGGACAGCCACCUCGGGGAUUACAGUUUACUCUGGGCACCAAUGCCUCCAAUCCUCUAGUGGACACCAUAGUUAUGGCUAACCUGGGUUACUUUCAACUCAAGGCCAAUCCAGGGGUUUGGUUUCUGCAGCUUAGAGAGGGGAGGUCCAAAGACAUCUACAACAUAGUAGGACAUGAAAUGACAGAUACACCUGUGGGAUCUGAUGAUGUGGUUGUUGCUAUAAAUAGCUUCAAGAGUAAAAUUAUUCGGGUCAAGGUAGAGAAAAAGAAGGAUAAGAUAAUGGAACAGUUGUUGAAGGAUGAAGAUGAUGACAAAAGUAUCUGGGACUCCAUAUCUAGUUCAUUCAAACCAAAAGAAGAAACAGAAGGAAAAGUUUUAAAUAUUUUCUCCCUGGCCUCAGGUCACAUGUAUGAGAGACUUAUGAGAAUUAUGAUGUUGAGUGUCUUAAAACACACAAAAUCCCAAGUGAAGUUUUGGUUUUUGAAAAAUUACCUGUCACCUUCUUUUAAGGAUUUUAUACCAAAAAUGGCAAAAGAGUAUGGCUUUGAAUAUGAAUUGGUUCAGUAUAAAUGGCCAAGAUGGUUAAAUCAGCAAAAGGAAAAGCAAAGAGUUAUGUGGGGAUACAAAAUCUUGUUCUUAGAUGUGUUAUUCCCCUUGGAUGUGAAGAAAAUUAUAUUUGUUGAUGCAGAUCAGGUUGUAAGGACAGAUUUACAAGAAUUAAACGACCUAGACCUUGAGGGUGCCCCCUAUGGCUACACACCUUUCUGUUCCAGCAGGAGGGAAAUGGAUGGAUUCAGAUUUUGGAGAUCUGGAUACUGGGCUAGUCAUUUAGCUGGAAGAGAAUAUCACAUUAGUGCCUUAUAUGUAGUGGAUCUUAAAAAAUUUCGUCGUAUAGCCGCUGGGGAUCGUCUCAGAGGUCAAUAUCAGGGACUUUCUCAAGAUCCAAACAGUCUUUCCAACUUAGACCAGGAUCUGCCAAACAACAUGAUCCACCAGGUGGCGAUAAAAUCACUGCCUCAAGACUGGUUGUGGUGUGAGACAUGGUGCAGUGAUGAGUCAAAGAAGACGGCCAAAACUAUUGACCUGUGCAAUAAUCCUCAGACAAAAGAACCGAAAUUAAAAGCAGCAUUGCGUAUUUUACCAGAGUGGAAAGAAUAUGAUUACGAAAUAAAAGUUUUGUGGGAUAAAGUGUAUAAGACAAACACACGAAAGCAAGUAGAGUACGAACCACCAAAUAUAGACGAAAAGAAAAUAGGUUCUAAAUUACAUUUACAUGAUGAGUUAUAACAGUGGUACAGCAUUAGUGAUCUUAAUUCCUCGUUACUACACAGAUCACGUCUGGACCAAACUUGACGAGAUAUUGAAGCAGCAGCAGUCCUCAUAAUUAUAUCAUUAGAUAUGUCUUGAAUAUGAAAUUAAUUAAUGCAUUUAAAGUUAACUUUAUCAUUCAGAAAAGCCAAUAAGUAUACUAUAAAUUAUUUUAUUUAUGGGAGUAGGAAGUUAAGGUUCAUUGACUCUCUGAUAAGAGAGAUAACUCUUCGUGAAACUAAUAACUAUUUUUCCAAUUAAAAAUUGCCAAGUUUAUAAGAGGGCAAUUUCUAUUAAAAUUAGUACCACAAUGUAUGCAGAAAUUGCCAUCAUUUCAAUUGUAAUUGACACUCUUUUUGUGAAAAUUAUUUUCAUUGAAACAAAUUUUAUUUAAACAUAGGGAUGAUGAACUUUUUUUUAGGGCUGAGCAAUUUCAUAUUGUCUCAUUGGGAAUAUUGUAUAAAUGGUUUGGUGUUUGUGAUGUGACAUUUCCAUUUUGCAAAUGUUUAAGAGAAUUGAAAAUAAAAACGUAUGAAAAGAAUAAAUGAGUGAGUGAAAGUUUUGUGAAAAAUAUUGAGGGAUACGUGUGAAUGAAUUAGUUUG